AUGGACAGCAACGGCUCGAGCAGAAGCUCGACUUUCUCGCAUCGGUUCUCGGUCUCGAGGUCGAGCAAGAAUUUGCGUCUGCGACGGUCACGUUCGACUUUCGUCAAUCACUUGUCGACACAUUGUGGAUCGAGAGACCUGCACGUUCGAAGUGAGACUUUUUGUAGCUCCUCGUUGCGUCAGGCACGCGACUCGUACAGCAAUAGCAGCAGUAGCACCGUCUCCUCGCCAUUACCGCAGGACAUUCACAUUCAAAGUUGGAUGUUCUGGGCUCGUCAAGGAGAUUGUCAUGCUGCUGCUGAAGGCAAAACAGAGCGAUACACGAAAGUGUACGCGGUGCUACGCAAUGAGUUUUUGCUGCUAUAUCGUCAUGAGUACUGUCCGUCGAAGGACUUGCGACCUCGGCCACUGGUACAAAUUGCAGUGGCGAGCUCUUCGUGCAGUGAGGAUGGCAUUUUGCACGUCGAGGACCCGUACGGCCAAGACAUGGAGCUGCAUCUGUACGAGCGACGCGACUUUGAGAUCUGUCGACGAUGGAGUGAUGCUCUGGAGCAAGCUGCGGAGUUGACGCACUCGUACUUUUCCACUUUCGACGUCAAUGUGGACGAUUUGUCCCGUGGGAGUGUCUACCGAGGCACUCUUCACGACCUUCGCGUGGGUCGAGAAAGCUCGCUUCGGACGUCGGUCACGCAGAUGUCCAAGCUUGGAAACUGGAGUUCGUUGCGGCGGUUUGUCCCCGAUCGGAUCUCAAGAUACUCGACGAAACGGAUUGCAUCGAGUACAUUGAAAGAUACGGAGGUGUGA